CGUUUCCGACUUCCGGCUGUCAGCUGAUAGACUCCCUAUUGCUUUCCACCAAAAACUAUUUCGAUUUUCGCAAAGAAAGAAUACGUCAGGCACCAUUCAACAUGGGCUUGAAAUACGCGAUCAAAAGCUAGUUUUAGCUGAAAUAUUGCUCUAAUUGUAGCGUUAUUGUUAUUAUAGUUUCAUUUUACAUGUACGUUGUGUAACUUUAUUAGUAGAAAAUGGAUACGUUCAACAUAGGAUACUUCGGUUAUGGCGUUUGUUGAUCAUUAAAAAAUUACGUUCAGUUGAUAGUUUUUCUUUAUAUUUGAUGUCAGCUUUUCGUUUGUGAUCGUCUGUUUAGUUCGUGUUUACGUGUUUAAUGUAAAAAUGGUGAAGGAGAAGCCUAAUUCGAUUCGGAUUUACGACGACGAGGGAUUUAGACGUCGCGCGGCGUGUAUCUGCGUUCGUUCUGACGCCGAAACAGAGGUGCUCCUGGUGACAUCGUCGCGACGGCCGGACAACUGGAUCGUGCCCGGCGGCGGCGUCGAGCCCGAAGAGGAGCCCUCGGUGACCGCAAUGCGCGAGGUGCUCGAGGAGGCCGGCGUCAUCGGCAAACUCGGCCGAUGUCUCGGAGUAUUCGAGAACCGAGAGCACAAACACCGAACAGAAGUGUACGUGAUGACGGUGACCCAGGAGCUGGCGGAGUGGGAGGACUCGCGGCUGAUGGGUCGCAAGCGGCAGUGGUUCUCCAUAGACGACGCGCUGGCGCAGCUGGCGCUGCACAAGCCCAUCCAGCGCCACUACAUCCAGCAGCUGCGCCGCUCCAAACAGAGCAAGCCCGACGACCCCGGCAGCUAGGCUCGGCUCGGCCGCUAGGUUAAGGCAGCCCGGAACUGAAUCUAGCCGCGGCAGCGCGCUGCGUCGCGUUGGGCUUCAAACGACCGCGACCCCACAACACGUAUAACAUCUCCUUUUUUCUAUUUUUACGUAUAUUUUUAUACUACAAUGGAAUAAAUGUUAAUUUUAUUUUGUUAGCAUUAAAACGAAAAGACAUACAA